AUGCACAGCUUCAACAAUUACAUGCGUGGGGUGUGUGUCGUGGAGAAUGGCGACAUUCUCCACGGCCCCCCACGCAGGGUUAAGGUAUCCGUGCAGGAUCCCAACGCGACGACUCUGUGGUGCUGUUGCUGGCCACGAGGACCUCGCUUUAACAAGGUGGCUGGGUUCCGCUUCAAUCACGAAAAGAUCGAGGCUGGUGUCCACAAGUACACGUCCCUGGAGUCAGCCAUGUACAUGGACGGCAUGGUGUUCCGGGAGUACUGGACACCAGGCGAGGCGGCCGUCAAGGUGUCAGUCAAGCAGCGGCGAGGAAAGAAAGUUGUCCUCUACAGCCGCCUGGCAACCUUCUUGGACGAAAUGCGAGACAGAGAGGCGGAUAAAUUUGUCCUGUACGUCACGGAAACAAGUUUUAAAAUCAUUAAGAAGGAGCGAACGAGUUCAGAAGGCGAGCAGGCAGUUUCUCCUAAGAAAGAGAUCAGUGAGGCGUCAGAAAAGAAAGGAGUGUACGAUAAACGUGGAGAUGAUGAAAUGAAUGUGAAGACUAACUACAUGACUUCAUUGUUAAGCAGUUUUAAAGAGAAAGGAAAUGAACCCAAAAAGAUAUUAACUUCUCCCGAGAUCAUAAACUUGCCACCACUAGUCCCGAUGCUAACAGAGGGAGCCAAGAACUGGACGGCAAGCAGCAAUUCAUUCUGCGAAAAGGCUCCUGCUGCACAAAAACACCAACGCAGUGCGUCUCGCACCGUCCGUCGCGAUAUUCAGCCAUGCAGGAACAAUGAAACAUUAGAGAAAGAAGGUCAGAUGGUUCAGGCUCAGCGCAGUCGUAACAGGGACACUGGGCGCGAGAGAAAGGAUGCUGCUGAUGGAAAGGAGACUGCAACUCAGAAAGAACAUGAAGAGCACAAGGCUGAAAAGGAGGAGACGGACAUCGAAGAUGUUAUAAAAGCGGCUCCUGAGAAAAAGAAGAGAGAUAAGGAGGAGAAAGCAGCUGACACCGAAAUUGUGACGAACUGCCCUCCUAAGGAAGAGAACAUGGAUAAGGUAAAUAAAGAAGAUACUGAGAGAGAUUUCGCAGAGAAGGAAGAGGAACCAGAAAUAAUGAGUCAAGUAAAGCUGGCUCAGGAAAAAGGCGAUGAAGACGCUGUAAGUAAGGAAGACAAUCCACGUGAAGGAAAGGAGAACGAUAUUUGGGAAGACUAUUAUCAGAAGGAGGAAGCAAACAUUGAAGAUGUGAAAAACGCCGCUUCUGAGAAAGACUAUGCAGAUCAAGAAGAGAUGGAAGAUACUGACAGCGAAUUUGUUUCAGAAAAGGACAAGGAAGGAGGAAUACAGCAUAUAGCAGUUAACAGUAACAUGCAGAUGGUUCAGGAUACAGACGAUGAAGACUCUGAGAGUGAGGAAAAGGAUCCAUCUGAAGAACACACUGGAACGGAAGAACAUGAACAAGAGACUAAAAAGGAGACGGACGCUGAAGAGGUGAACACCGUCCCUCCAUUGAAGGACUAUGCAGAAGAGGAAGAAAAACAAGAUUUUGAGAAAGGCGUUGAGAAAGAAGACAUUAUAGAGAAAGUUAUCCUUCCCUCUUUAACAAAAUUUAUAUCUUUAACUAAUGUCAGAAUGAAGAAUAGCACAAGGAGAGAGAACAUAAGAAAGAAGAGAGAGCGAGUAUUGCCUGACUAUAAGAAAACCAAAACACCGGUGGAGAAAAUUGUGCGUAAAGAGAAUACGGGGAAGGAACAGGAUUUGAAAAAGAAGAUAUUGUCAUAUCGCCCGAUAACCACAGUGAACGUUAAUGUAACCAGCAGGUGGAGGUGGUGGAAGACCUCCCCACCAACACCCGUGAAGAAGGUGAUGACGGGGAUGAAAGUAAAGAAGAAAGUGAAUUUGAGAAAGAAAAAAUUACCGGUCAGCCACAAACGUAAUGUGUCCUUGCUGAAAAGAAACAGAAAAGCGUCAGGAGGGAAGGAAAAGCGCUACAAGAAGAUGAAUGUAAAAUCAGUGCAAAAAUGCAAAAUUGACACCCAUAACACCCUUCCUAGUGAUUACGUUCCUGACCUGGAUUUGAGUGUACUGGCAUCGCAGCCUCCACCCCCAGGCCCCGCGCGAGUGAAGUGGGCCCGAGAGGUGGCGGCCCUAAAGAUGCGACUGCGUUCACAGAAGCAAAAUAAAGGGCGGACAGGUGGGCGGAGCAUCGUUCACGGCUCUCGUGCUGCUAAACACUGA